AGCAGCAGGCCGAGCAGCAGCGCCAGGAGGCGGCGCGUCAGGCGGAGGAGGCCGGCCGCACCGUCACCGAACGCGACGCGCAGCUGAACGAGCUGCGCAGCAGCAUGGUGCAGGUGAAGAAGAUCGGACGCAAGUACAAGUCGCAGUUCGAGGAGCUGCAGACGGAGCACGGCCGGCUGAAGGGGCAGCUGGCGGCGGCCGAGACGGCGACCGCCGCCGCCGCUGCCGCCGCACCGGACGCCGCCGCCGCCGUCGCCGCCGCCGAGACGGCGCAGAAGGAGGCGGCGGCGCGCGCGGCCGAGCAGGAAGCACGCGUGGAGGCCGUCGGUGUCGAGCUGACAACGGCGCGCGCCGAGCUCGAGCAGAUGCGCGCCACGGCGCGCCAGCACGAGGAGAAGACGCGCGCCCUGCUGCAAAAGUUCCGCCAGAAGAUGUCGCAGCUGACGCAGGAGAACAAGGAGCUGGCAGAGAAGAACAGGGAGCUGAAGGAGCGGCAGCAGCCGCAGGACGGCGCGGCGGCGGCGCAGGACGAGGCUGAGAUGCGCGUGGCGGCGCUCAAGUCGCAGUACGACAACAAGCUGCAGAGCCUGGAGCGGGAGCUGGCCGAGGCGCAUGCGGCGCUGGCCGGCCGGCAACGCGAGGAGGAGCUGCUCAAGAAGAGGCUCGUGGCGCUCGAGAAACAGAUGACCAUCAAGCAGCAGCAGACCAAGCCCGCGGCGCCGCCCGACAGCGCCGAGGAGCCGGGCCGCACGCCCACCGCCAACAUCCGGCCCAUGUCGGGCGUGACGGCGGCCGUCUCGCAGCACACGCCGUCCGGGCCGGCCAGCCGCACCACGCCCACCGCCAGCAUCCGACCAAUGACCGUGCAGCCGGCCAAAACCACGGCCACCGUGCCGCCCAGCCAGCCGGGCAGCGUGACCUCCGAGCCGGUGGCCUCCACGUCAGCGGUGACGGUGGCCACGGUGGCGCCGACCCCGGCCCAGGUCACCGAGACACUGUCGCAGGCCACAGUCGCGCCCCACAGCCAGAGCUUGUCGGCGGCCGGGCCGUCCGGGCUCCAGGCGCAGCAGCAGGCGCAGCAGCAGGCGCAGCCGCAGCAGUCGUCUGCAGUGAAGCGGGCCCUCGCUGUAGUGGCGUCGACCAAUGAGGCGGCCAGCCCGGACGCCGCCGCCUCUCAGCCGGCAAAACGGGUGCGGACGGAGGAGGCGGAGCGCCAGCAGGCGGCUGCGGAAGACGCUGCCGUACCAGACGUGAUCGUGCUGCUGUCGGACGACGAGAGACCGGAUGAAGCUAAGGAGAUGGAGGAGGCUGAGGCUGAAGAGGAGGAAGACAUGGCCAAUGAAGAGAUGGAAGAAGAAGAAGAAGAUUAUGGGGAGGAUGACGGAGGAGAUACGCAUACGUCAUGCAUCGGUGAAGACGAACAACUGGACGAGGGCGGCGACGAAGAGGCCGGGGAAGACGAGGAGGACGAGGAGGACGAGGAGCCGGAGGCGGACGACGCGGACGAGUCGUCUGAGCCGGGCACGCCGACGCUGAUGGUGCCGCGGCGCGGAGACACAUUCGCCGAGGCAGUGCCCUCUCCGCAGCCAUCCGUCCUCGAUUAG